ACUGCCUGCAACACACACCCUUGUCUCUGCUCCUCUCCUCACGUGCCAUCAAAAGGAUGGCGUCAACGUCGGCGGUGUUAGGCGCCGCGUCCGGGGCCGGUCUGGCCCUGCUGGUGGCCAUGACCCUGGUCAUUUACCGCUACUACGCGCACAAACGCAAGGCCAAGGAGUGGAGCGCCCUCGACCGCUGCAGCUCCAGCGGCUCCCGCCAGUCUAGAGGUCAAGGGUCGCACUACACCGUCAGUCAACAGCAGCAAUUCAGCCUGCCCAAAGAGUCUCACGCCGUGCAGCCCGGCAGCUCGGCGGCCAUUCUCGCUCAUCAGUCGCGAUCCUUCCCAGGAGGUCAGCCCCGCCUCGCCAGGUCACCGUCUGUGUCUUCGCAGGGCAGCGUCGACAGCAGCACAGUUGCUAGACAGGGCCAUCGCGGGUCGUCGCCGCAGAUCCGCACAUUCACGCCGGACGGCCGCUCCUCGGAGGACGUGUACGACUUUGACGUGCCGACAAACGGUUCUCCGCGUUCGGCCGGCGUCAACCUGCUGUGUCGGUCGCCGUCUCCGUUGCGCGCCGCCUCGUUCGACGUGCGCUGCUCGUCGCCCACCCCCACACCUGUCGUCGGCCAACCCGUCGGCGAACUCAGGACCCCGUCGCCGUCACAGAGCUCCCUCACCUCGCUGACUGAACGAUCCGUCUCGCCCGCCUCCAGCGUCGCCACCAACAGAGGACCACAGGCGCGAUGCCUGUCUCCUCUGCUGAUCCCGCCACGUUCUCCCUCGUGCUACGAUGCACCCCCGUCAUCACCCCUAGGCGCCAUCAGACCUGACCUCUAUACUCGCCGCGAAGGCCCCCUCUUCCUGGGCGACGCCGAACACAGUCUGGGACGCCUGCACCUUAGGCUGAAGUACGACUUUGACCGAUCAGACUUCACAGUUCACCUUAUUGAAGCUCACGAUUUGGCGGGAAGCGAUCAGGGAGGCUUCAACGACCCGUACGUCAAGUUGGCUCUGAUGCCCGAGGUGGACAACCGGAAGCGGCAAACCGCCAUCCACCGCAACGACCCCAACCCCUUCUUCGACGAGACCUUCAAGUUCCCCGUCUCCAUGGACGACCUGCAGAGCAAGACUCUGGUGCUGCAGGUAUUCGAUUUCGAUCGCUUCUCCCGAAAUGACGUCAUCGGAGAGGUUCGCGUUCGGAUUGAUGAGCUUGACCUGUCGUCUAGCCUUGAGAUUUGGGGCGAGAUCACACGCAACAAAAAGCCACCAGAGGAAAUGCAGGAGGUUCUGCUCUCGCUGAGUUACCUGCCGUCGGCCGAGCGAUUGACGGUGGUGCUGCUCAAGGCCCGCAAUCUAUUCCUCCCCUCGGACAAGUACUCGAUCGAUCCCUACGUGAAGGUCUACCUGCUUAUCGAUGGCAAGCGGACGAAGAAGAAGAAAACGGCCGCCCGCAAAGAGAAUUGCAACCCCGUGUGGAACGAGGCGCUCUCCUUCAACGUGUCCGCCACCAACUUGCACAACGCUGCCAUAGAGAUUUGCGUGAUGGAUCAAGCCAACGAGCUGAUGAGCAGUGGGCCGUUGCUGGGGUGCUGUGUGGUGGGCCCGCGGGAGCAUCAGGGCCCCGAGCGCGACCACUGGAUGGAGAUGACGCAGACGCCGCGCAAAGCGGUCGCCAUGUGGCACACGAUUCGCUAGGUGAAAGUUAGUUUUGCAAAUCUAUAUAUAUCAAGAUUCAAUCAAAAUGUACAUAUUCGUUGGUUGUGCAUCCAAGAAUCACCCCAUAUUUGAAGAAACUCACGCAACAAAAUCCGACGGUUCAGCUUUUGAUUGCCUUGGAAAACUCGCAGGUUAGAAUUUCUAGACACGUUAUUUAGCUGAAAACGAAUUCGAGGCAAGACGAAGAAAAUUUUACGCUGUGUACAUCCCACACUGUUAUCAAAUCAAACAAGAGAUGGAGUGUUUUUAUUGCUUUUUUCACAAACGUAAUUCAACCCAGCGUAAUAAUUAAUCAAAGGGGCUUUUUGAGAACUAUCAAACUUCAUGGUAUAUUGAAAACUACACCUGGUAGGAGAGGAUUACACCUAGAGAUUUUGAAGGGAGAUGCGCCUUUUUAAAGAAAAAAAGUGAAACUGCAGCGUGUCAAUUAAUUUCAUAGUAUUUUAACACCAUUUUUUUUCUUUUUGAAUAAAUAAAAAAAAAAUCAAAAUAAUGCUUUUGAAGCUUCUUUUUUCCAAAGUUCAUUUAAAUUAUUUCUAUAUGGUGUAUAAAAUUUUGAUUUUUCUAGUUAUGAUGAUUUUUUAAAUGAUCUUUGUCGUCGUUGAGCAAAUUUUCUAUUUAUUGAAAAGGAUAAUUUAAAAAUUCACUGGCUCAAAAGUUUUAGAAGUUGUAAUAAUUACACGAAUCAAAUUUAAAUUUUUUCCUGCAGUUUGAAAUUGAAGAAAAUUAGACUCUUUGCAACAUCUCAUUUCAAAAACUCUAGACUAAAAUAACCUUGGAUUGACUCAGUUUGGAGAAAAUUUAAUAUGCCUAUUGACGUAUAUUAAUCAAGCUAUGGUUCUUGCUAAAAAAAGAAAUACAUUGGUUGAUGGUGCGUGUUAAAUCUAAACAGAAAAAACUGGUGUUGUGUGACCCUUGCAGUUUCCAUCAUUGAAACGAAAAUAUACUGUUUGUGCCAACUAAGAACGCGUGUGAUCAAGCAGGGAUUGGUGUGUGUUACCCUAAUGUUGUAUUUGUUGUGAAAACCAGAAAUGAUACGAUUUGAGUGAUUUUAAACAAACACAAAUAAUUAAAACUCAAUUUAUUAUACAUGGUUCUAAUACCAAAAGUAGCAGAGAGAUAUUAAAAUAGAAAAUUUCAAGCUAGCAUGAAAUAAAAAUUUUCAUUUUGCGGAAAAAAUUUAACUGUUGAAGAAAGAAAUCAAAAUUGACUGAUAUUUUCAAGUCUGCUGGAAAAAUGAACAGGUUAUUAUAACAAAUUGCUAUCCGAAAAUCAAGAUUACAGUUUCAUUUGUGGAAAUAAAGUAUGUGAAUAAAAUAAUACCCGAUACAAAUCCAUCUCAACAAGGUCAAUUAUUCUCUUUGUCAUAAUUAAAUGAUAUGAAAAAUUUAAAGAAGACGCUGCGCAUCUUUCUUGUUUGUCAAUAUAAUGUAAUGGAAAAAAUAAUGUGCGCGCGUCUCAAAGUAUAAAAUGGUAACUGUGUUAUUAAAAGUAAUCGAUCGACUACCAUUGCAGGCAGGGAUAAUGUUAUUAAUUUCAGUAAAUAUUUAUUAUUGAAUGUGUAAAUGGUAUCUAAAAUAAAAUUGACACACAUUUUGCAUGUGAUUGUGGGUAUGUGUUCCGUUUGUGCGUGCUUAUUGGCCUUUCAUAUUGACAUAAUGUCUUUCAUCGUACAAUUAUAUAUUCGCAAUUUACAAUACAUAAUUGCGCGUUCCAAUGAUCGUUGUUUAUACAUUAAAAUGUGACGCAUGUUAAGCAUAUACAUAUAUUAAUAUACCAACCACUAUUAUAUUUACAAACACAAAUUUCGCGCACUGACUUAUUGAAAAGAGAGAAAUAGAAUUGGCAUUAUUGGGGGAGGAAAAAAAACGCAAUUUGUCUUUGCAAAAAAGAAACACUGAAAUCAGAUGCAUUUGAUCUUGAAGGGAAUAAAUUUUGAAAAUUUCUUUUUGCGUUCCGAAGUACUUCUUUAGAAACAGUUCAAAAAUACAUCAUAAGUCUUCUGUUUCAAACACAAGAAAUAAUUAUUUGUUUGAAAAAUUCAAACAGAGCUUUUAUUCCAAUGGUAAGCCUGAAAAAACAAUUAAUGCUGAGACGACUUUAAAUUUCCUCAUGAAAAAUAAUAAUAAGUACUUUUUUACAUACAAUUUCUUGAUUUUUGUUUAUUAAUUAGUACACAGUGAAUUUUGCAUUACUUAAUACUUUCCCUUCAAGGUUUCAAUCUUAUCAAAAACUUUAAUGUUAUUAAAACGCUCCCUUCGAUAACCUUUGACGAACCUCUUAAGAGUUUAAAUAUUGAUAUAAAUUUUAUCGCUGUUCACUCGCACUAUGGGCCUACUCUCCGAUAUAAAAAUAUUCUUACUAAAUGAGUGUUUUACAACAACAAAAAAUGCUGAUAUUUUAUGUGUGAGUGUAUAAAAAAAACUGCUCUUUUGAUAACAAUUGCAACUGCUGGACUGCGGCACAGAGAUAAACGUGUAUCUUGUAUAAGUCAUAAAAUCAACCUAGCAUUUUUAGCGCAAGCCUCUGUCGGUUCUUUUUGCAGACUCACACUAUCGCAGACAAUCUUUUCUCGCACGACUAAAGCUACGUUCUCGCAAAACUCUUCUUAUGUGAGAACUUCUGAUCACAAUUAUAGUUUCGUUUUAAGAAAAAUUAAUUUCUUUAAUCUUUUGAAUAAUAUGAAUUUUAUUUUUCAUUUCCGACUCAAAACUGCUGCUAUACUUGUAAGAAAAACGACGCUUGAAACAUAUUCUAAAUAUUGAAUGAAAAUUUAAAUAUGUCCGUUUUUAAGACUCGCCACCGCUUUCUAAUCCCUGAACCUCUUGGACGUCUUUCAAUGUUUCCGAUUUUUAUUUUUCGGUUCGCAAUAGACAAACUCAUAAUCAAUAACCUUGAUGUUUGACAAAUUAUUCUGCGUACAUAUAUAUCUUGUGCUAUUGGUAAACUGUAUUUAAACAAAAUCAUCAUCGUGCUGUGUUUCAAUACCAAUAUCCUCGGUUGAAAAUGCUGAACUACGUGUACAAUUUGAUAGACAAAAAAAUGCUGUCUUGAAAAAAGCGCCUGUUGGCUAAAAUAGGAAGAAACGUUUUCUACUUCUAGUCUGCGAAAUAAUUAUCUUCAAUGUUUCGUGUAAAAAUUGAAAUCCUUCCUAAGGGUCUUAAAUUGUCUGACACUGUAUUUUUCUAAUUUUACUCAUAAAUCAUAUAUUCGACAGAUUUUUCGUCCAAAAAUCGAAGGCAAAAUGCUUCUUAAGUCUUUUCUACGAUCUAAAAAAAAAAAAAAAAAUGUGCACUUCUUGACUGUAGCCCUUAACUGAUUUUUCUAAUAUUUAUUGAAGAAAUAUUUAAAAAAAAAAAAAAAUGUUCAGACUACAUUGAAUGAAAGUGGCUGUUUUGUGCACAAUAAGUGUGAGUGUAUGCAAAAUCACGAAAAAAGUUUGUCUAUAUUGUCAUUAUUAACUAUCCGAAUGGAAGAAAAAGUAUAAUAAUUAUUAAAAGUUUGUGAAAAAUCUUGCUCUUUGCUGAAAUUCGCAGAUGUUGUCAGCGUCCUUGCAACAAUAAAUAUUUUUGUGUUCUAA